GUCAUCAGCAGUAUCUUUCGGAAAAGGGUCGUUUGCAUGUUGAUGAGAAAGUUGGGGUUGUUCAUCUAAUUGGAUAUCCAGUGCUUAUGCAAAACAGCGUGAAAUCACAACUUCUGGACAUGUUCUCUUAUGCGAUUUUAGUUUCACCAUCAUGUUUUGUUCGUGCUGCCAUACUCGAAGCUGUCAAUGUUCCACUGGAUGAAUGUAUACGUUUUAGUGAUGGAUCCGAAACGUUUCCUGCGACAUUCUUAGUUGGACAUUCUCUCCAUUCUCUUGUUUCAUUGUUUUUGCGUAGCCGAUUUUCGAGUCAAAGCAACACUUGGCCAAUCACCGUUCACACUGCUGGAGUUGCAUACUACAAUAAAGUCGUGCCAUUGUUUUUUCGCGAGUGCUUUCGUAAUACGAAGGGAAUCGUUGAUCUAGCUCACUCUCGACAACGCCUCAAACAUUGUGUUUUAGCAUUGGCCAACAGCGAUAAACAAAUGGAUGGGUUUGUAUCCGAAUGUGCAGCAAAAAUCAGUUCGUUGAUGCUUACGUUGGUUUGCUUUUGGUUUUCUUUUACUACGAUUUAUCAGUACCAUUUAGAAGCACUGUUAUGCGAUGAUUUAAUGCUUGACGUGAAGAAUCGUUUUGUUCUUGGAAAGGAGUUGGGCAACUACGAAUCUCAAGCAGUGGUAUCUCGAAUUGGUGAUUACAUUGCUCGUCGUCUUAAUAUAACAGUGGAUUCUGGAGAGUUUGUCCGAAUGGCAUACAUGGAAACAGACGUUGAUCGCAUAAUUGUUCGAUUGAUUGAUCGUUUGAUUGAAGGAAAAGAUAUACCUAAAAAAGUUCACGGGCAUCGUACUUUUCUUCAAAUUCUUCUUCUUCGAUUUUCUACCAUUUUCUUAACAAGGUUCUACUUUCAUAAUUUCUCGUCGAGCAAUAUUUUUGGAAAAUGUCCUCUCCUGUUCGGCCGGUAA